AUGAAAAUAAUUCAGAAUAUUAGUAUAUUAACUCUAUUUGUGCUGGCAAUAUUUGGUCUAUUAAGCAAUGAAUUAAGACCAAUUUUUGGCCUUAUUUCGAUAUUAUGUGAACCUGAUCAUUUAGGAAAUAAUUCUACCAAAAAAUUAAACAAUAAUAAUAUUAUAGAUACUAACAACUAUUGGGGCAGUCCAUAUAAUAAUGCAUAUAACAGCAAAGUACAUAAUAAAUGGUGGAACGAUAAUUGGGAAGGAGAAUUUAAAGAUGGUAUAGUUUUAAAGGAUGCUAUCGAUACAAUUUUAUCAUUUACAUAUGCAAAAAAACGAGAUGUUGUACUUAAACACAUUGAUGAAUUAUUAAGUGGUCGAUAUAAUGAUUUAAAUCCAAAAAGAGUAUUAAUAAGAAUAUCAAAUAUAUUGAAAAAUGGAAAUGUCGAAAGUUUAUGUAAUGCUAAUAAAUCAUUUGUUGUAAUUGGUUUACCACAUGUUAUAUUUAAUUGCGAUAUAUUUUAUGAUAUCAAAUUAGAAACCAUAAAUAUAUUAAAUAAAAAUAUAAUAAAUAAUUUAAGUGAUUGCGGAUAUGCUGUCCAAGGUAAUAAUUCCAGUUUUAUAACAAAUGGUUGUAUAUCCCAAUCAGAUAAAGAUAUAAUAUAUGGAAAAAUUGAAAACAGUGAGCCUAUAGUGAGAGAUGGAAUGUCACCAAGUAAUUUUUUUUAUAAUGCUAUGAUGCAUUGCUCUGUUGAUAAUUUAGGAUCUGGGGAAAAAACAAUGAUUUGUGUUCAAAAAGAAUUAGCAACAAAAAAUGUUCAAUUAUCAAAUACUUGUUCAGAAUGUUUUAAAGAAUCUGUUGAGUGUGGAAAAUCAAAUUGCUGGUUAAAAUGUCUAUUUGGAGAUCCAUGCUCAAAUAAAUGUUAUAAUUGUGGUUUGACUUAUUGUAACGUUGAUUUGAUAAAAUGUACAGGACUUGACGAUCUUCCCGCUGCGUGUGUAUAA